AAGAAAAAACCAAAGUUAAAAAUGGAGGCAAGCAUAAAUUGGAUGGUUUUGGCGAUUGGGUAAAUGCACGUGUGGGAGAUAUGGGGAGGUGUUUGUUUGGAAUGAUAAAUAUGUGGAGGAUGAGGAUUGGGUCCCAAUCCCAAUCGCAAUCCGAUAAUAAUCCGAUUCGGAAUAAGCAAAGAGCAAAGCAAAAGCAGGCACAUGGAGUAUAAGGAAGCAGGGGCCUGUGACGGCAUCUAUCUCUCUUUGGUUAAAGCCAGGCCAGCUAUUUCCAGAUCUAUGCCUAUUUGCCUGCCAUGUGGUCCUCAGACACAUUUUCGAAUUCCUCUCUCCAUUAUUUGAUUUAUGAUUUGUCAAUUUCUCAUGUACAACCUUAUAUAUUUUGUCUAGCACCACCUCACCCAUCACCCAUCACCCACUUUACCAUUUUUCUCUGUAACCCUUUUUUGUUUCUUUUCUUUGUAUUUUUCUUCUUUCCCACUAGAUUUGGUUGGUCUAACGUUAUUUUAAAAAAGUCUUCUCAUGCUUUUCACUUGUCAUUCAACUUCUUGAUUUUCGUUAAUGCUCCAAAAUUUUAAAGCCCCUACACAACUUUGAUUAGUAAAAGAUGGAUGGUAAUGAAAGAUUUCAGGACUACUGCUGACUUGACUUUGUCCAAUUUCGUGUAUUGGGCGGCAAUAUUGCUAUGCAUUUUCAUUGAGAUUAUCAACUAGUAAAGUGAAAGAAACAUUGAUCUCCUUUGUCAAUAUCGCCCAACCUCUUUACCCACUACUUUAAGAAGAACUUAUAGUGUCUCUCAUCUCACAGGAAGAAUCUCACGGUAGCUUUGCAACCUCUCCAUCAAAAUGGCUCUUCAGGAAUUCAAUGAAUAUGCGGAAAAAGCAAAGUCCUUGCCAGCAACAACAAAGGAUGCUGAUAAACUAAUCCUGUAUGGGCUUUUCAAGCAGGCAACACUUGGCGUGGUUAAUACUAAUCGACCAGGGAUUUUUAGCCCAAAAGAAAGGGCCAAAUGGGAUGCAUGGAAAUCAGUUGAAGGGAAGACCAAGGAAGAAGCAAUGAAUGAAUACAUUGCAAAGGUGAAGCAGUUAAAGGAGGUAGCUUAGCUUUGAUAUCCAUCUUCAUAAGUAUUAUCAGCUAAUUGGUUUCUAUCUUUAAUUUCUUUCAUGUCAACGUAUUAUCAGAAAGAAAGAACUUUGGAUAUUAUAUUUCCACCUCUUUAAUUGAUUCUUAAUCUUAUGCGUGUGUUAA